AUGAUCGAAGUAGAGGUCAAUGAUCGUCUUGGAAAAAAGCUGAGGAUUAAGUGUUUGGGUGAGGAUCUAAUUGGCGACUUUAAAAAAGUUCUGGCCCUGCAAUUAGGAGUAUCAUGGAAUAAAGUAGUUUUACAAAAAGGUGGGGCAGUACUAAAAGACCAUAUCAGCCUGGAGGACUAUGAAAUCCACGAUGGUACUUACCUGGAGCUUUAUUACUUAUAA